AAAUACCUCUUAUUUCAAAACAUUCACUUCCAACCGACUACGAUAAAUAAAUAAUUGUAUUUUUGAUUUACCAUCUUAUUUCCAAACUGUUUAUCUAAACGUUAAACAUAAGUGAACUGCGACAUUGACAAAUGGACAUAAAUGCAUUUGGUAAAAAAACUAGCGGAUUGCAGCGGCCUCGCGUUGAUCGCUUCGUGGCGCCGCGCGAGUCCUUCGAUGAGCUGAGGCGGCGGCAGCACGUGUUCGCCCGUAAGCAGCAAUCUGGAAGCAUCUGGCAUGGCAAAUACGUGAAACAGAAACAGUACGUGAGCCACAUCGACAAAGCCUUUGGGCUAGAAACACCAGCACCUUUACAACCUGAACAAACUUGGCCCUGCGUGCCGCGCACUCGCACUUUUCUAUCUUCAGCUGAUAACGUCCUGGAUCUACCAACUUACAGCUCCGCUGCUUUUCCAGAACUCCUCGACUGGAGCAACGACGACAUCCUGGUUGCAGCACUUGGCAACAAAUACUACAAGUGGAGCUGGCAUUCACAGAGCCCUAUAGGCAAUGGCUUCACCCUCUUUAGCACCGCAUGCUGUAGAUUUGACCCUACAGGGGAAAGGCUAGCACUAGGAACCGACAUGCAGCGAAUAGAGGUGCACAAUGCGUGGAGCAAAUGGGUAUCUGGGGGUUGGUGCCGCUGCGCCACCAAGUCGCUACCGCCCACCUGUCUGGUCACCGCUCUGGACUGGAGCCCCACGGGAAACUCCAUCGUCACCGGCUGUUCCCGAGGAAUGAUCACCGCUUUCGACCGCGACGCCACACCUAUCAGCUACCGGCAAGCCACCAACUUCGCCAUCUUUCUUGUGCGGGUGUCCCCAGACGCGCGCUACGUGGCCGCAGCCGCCGUCAACAGUUCGCAGGUGCUGGUGAUGUUAUGGCCGUCUCUGGUAGAAUCCAGAGCCAUCAGUUCUGACUGGAGGGUAAAGACUAUAGCCUGGCACCCGUGGCGUAGUGCUCUCCUCGGCAUCGGCGGAGUCACGGAAAACAAAUCCUGGAUAGCACUCUGGGAUGCCCCACGAGCCACUGUGCGCGCUACCACUACCGUCAGCGACUAUAGCCUGGAUACUAUGUUAUUCAGCCAUCGGACUGGGGAACUAGUGCUCAGUCUCUGGAACACAGAGCAAAUGGGGUACCCAAAAGCGUGCUCUCAGCUGGUGGUAAUGAGCGGACCAGACUCUGUGGUGGACCAGUGGGGGGAGGGCAGAUACGGCGUCGACCGCAUCAGGACUAUGGUCUUCAGCUCUGAUGGCACUAAGCUGGCGACAGCCACAGCAGACGAAGACCUAAUAAUCUGGAAUUUCCUACCUCCGGACAACAAACCUAACAAGAACACGAAACGGAGAAGAUUCUCCGCCAUCCCCACCUACAUCGACCAGAGCUUACACGGCUUCUCCGUUCGAUGAUUUUGAGUUUUUUCAGUGUAAUGUUCUUGUGAUAGGAAAAAUAAGUAAUAGGUCAUUAUUUAAGUUACAAUUCCUACUUACCUAGUACUUUACUAGCAGUGCGCAGUGGUUCGUUUUAUAUGGGAUUAUUCCAAAGUCAUCAUCGGAUUCACGCAUAAAACGUUGUCGUUUAAACAAUAUGGCCACUCGAACUUAACUAUCGUGAGACAUAUUUCAAAAUAUUUAGAUAAGUACCGUACUUAUCUAAAUAUUUUGAAAUAUGGCCCCUAUUUAUAAGGUGGUGAUUUUAUAAACUGCUCCCGUUACAGAUUUGGCCGCAAUAAGGCUAAGAUAAGCAUCAAUUUUAUUGACACACAUUAGUCAUAGUCAAUCUAGAUAACUUUUAAUCCUCAGGAAUUUCUCUAUAUUGAACGGUUUUUAACAACAUACAUCAUAUUUAGGAAAUGUUGUCGAAGUAAAUAUAAAAGUAUAAUAAUUCAAUACUUAUUAAUUUCAGUACCGUUUACCGGUCAACUAGUUACUAGAGCAUUGAAACGAACAUAAUAGCAAUAUACAACAUACUUGUUCUUAUAUUUUAAAUGGCAGUAUCUCGACUGGUUCAAUCAUUUGUAAAAUAUUAAUUUUUGACUGUAUCUAUGAUAUAUUAUUAAUUCUACGCAUGUCUCAUUAUUAUAUUCUUUGAUAGAAUUUUAAAUGUAAUUAUGUUAAUUAAAUAUGGUUUUAUUUUUGUUGAUGAUAAUGAAAUACA